AUGGCGCCUGUUCUUUUAGAACCAGAGUCUCUCGAGCCUCAAGUUGCUCUUCUACCAACAAAGUCCUCCAGAAGCGAGGCUUCCACCGUCUCUGUCAAUCUCCCAUUGACUGACCGACCUUGGCGCCUCCUGUGCCUCUUCGAUGCCCUGGACCCUACGCCCUCCGCCGCUGCCGAGUUGCCGGUCAUUCACAUUCAGCGAAUACUACAGCUAGCUUGGGUGGUAACGACCAGAGCUUUCGCCUACUCGACGACAUUCUACAUUGGAGAGGAAUACUCGAAGGGUGUGUGCUAUGUCACCGAGGGGGCUCACAUUCCAGGCCAAGCGGUCCAGAUUCACCUCGAUCCGCAUGACAGCGUGAGGGAUAUGUUCAACCAGAGCAUCGUGUCGCUUGAGACAUUGAAGCAUGCUCCGUUGUCGAUGAACGGCAAUUCCAGCAGCGAUGGGAUAGGCUCCAAGUUCGACGUUGCCAUUGUGUACGAGAGAGAGCAAUCGAAGCCAAUAUUGCCGGAUCACAUCUCCUGCAAGAGGCAAUGCCAAACAUGCUGCCUCGCACCUACGAAUGGGACGAUGGAUGUAGAAACUGCUUCUACUGGCCUGCGUCUGUUGGUUCAGCACACCUCCGACGACAAACUUUAUGCCCGCUUGGAAAUUGGAAAUUCCGGAAUAGAUCUGCCACUGGCUACCAGCCUUCUGAAUAGCUUCAAUAAGGCACUGCAAUCCCUUCAUGGAUCAGCGACCCAGACGAUUGGUAGUCUGGAUUUGUGCUCGGCGGAGGACCGGGCCCAAAUUGCUCAUUUUACAGGAAACCUAGCCUCUCCCCAGCAUUCGCUUCUACAUGAGCUUUGCUUGCAGCAUGUCAAAACCACUCCAGAUGCCCCGGCUGUUUGCUCCUGGGAUGGAGAUCUCACAUAUCGGCAACUGGAGGCAUGGUCUUCCCGGUUAGCUCAUUGGCUUGUUGGGCAGGGUGUUGGUCCCAACGUUUUCGUUGCGUGUGCAUUCUACAAAUCUACAUGGGCCAUUGUUGCUCGUCUCGCUGUCCUCAUGGCUGGAGGUGCAUACAUCUGCGUCGACGGAACCGAUCCACCUCCGUAUCUCGCUUCCGUUCUUGAACGUACUCAGAUUCGAACAAUGCUUGUCUCGGCUGGCUACAAAGAAAAGUUUUCUGGUCGUGUUGAGACAUUGUUUGAAGUAAGCGAAGCCUCUCUCCUGGAUCUACCAGUGAUAGACUCGAUCCCUUGCUCUACAGUCACGCCGACCGACCCGUGUGUCGUCCUUUUCACGUCUGGUAGUACAGGCAACCCGAAGGGAAUCGUCCAAGAACAUCGCAGCUAUGCAUCUGCAUUGACCGACUAUAUCCGAGUGAUGGAAAUGGGACCCCACAGUCGUAUGUUCUCAUUUGACGCCUACGCCUUCGACAUCAGCAACAAUGACUUCUUGGGUCCUCUGAUGGCUGGUGGCUGUUGCUGCGUCCCCACAGUUUCGCUCACGAUGGAUGCGCUCAUGGACGAUCUGAACAACCUGGAAGCGAACAUUAUGUUUGUAACCCCUUCUGUGGCCAUCGAUCUAGAGCCCAGCCGUAUUCCUUCUCUGAAAAUGAUGUGUAUCGGAGGCGAGCCGGUAUCAGAUGCAGUUCUGGCCAAAUGGCUAGGUAAUUUGCAGGUCGUCAACCAAUAUGGCAUGGGAGAGGUGGCUUCACUGUGCGCAUACAAUCGAAAUCUUCAAAUGGGCCGUGGGUCAGUUGUCGGUCGACCAGCCACCGGUGCAAUCUGGAUCGUCAAUCCCGACAACUCAGACCAACUGAUGCCCGUGGGAGCGGUCGGUGAACUCCUUGUUGAAGGGCCUCAUCUCUCACAGGGGUAUCUGGAUCACGUUUCUGGGAAAUCGGAAAACUUCCUCGCAGCUCCACCUAUCUGGAUGAGCCAACUCCAUAAAGAGCGACCUAACCAUCGACUCUACCGCUCUGGCGAUCUCGGCCGAUUCAACCACGAUGGCACGAUUGAGCUCAUGGGCCGCAAAGACAGCAUGCUGAAAUUGGACGGAGCCCGCGUCGAAGCUGGACAAGUCGAGUACGUGCUUCGGCGCAACCUCUCCACGGGCGAUGCAGCUGUCGUCGACGUACUAGGUGCAGUUGACGGCAAUGGGGAUCCUAUUCUCAUUGCCUAUCUGUUCCUAUCAAACAACCCCAUGAAUGCGACCGGUGGUCCGGUCGAAGAGAUACAAUUCCGACCCAUCAGCACUAAGCAUGCUGUAAAUACGCUCACUCAGUCUCUAAGUGAUGCUAUCAGGGACAACUUGCCAAAAUACUAUGUCCCAAGUCUUUAUCUGCUGAUUGAUAGAGUGCCUCGCACAAAGUCCAAGAAGACGGAUCGCCGCAAGCUUCAUGCAUUGGGCCAGGCAUAUUAUAUGGAGCAUCGUGAGGAGUUGAAAGAUAUCACUGUUUGGCUUCAGUGGGAUUGA